AUGUAUGAUGAUGCGGACCUGGCAGUACUGCACAACGGAAAAAUCAGUACACCUUUUCAGACGAACACUGGCGUCAAGCAAGGCUGCCCUCUAUCACCCCAAGGUAGCAUCACCAUCAGCAGUAAAACAGUCGAUUUCGUCGACCACUUUACCUACCUUGGCACCAUAAUAUCAUCCAGUGGUGGAGUGGAAAAAGAUGUAGAGAGCAGACUGUGCAAGGCAAGAUCUGCAUUCGGAAGAUUGCACCGCAUUUGGAGAAAUCAGCAAAUAAGUAGAAGAACAAAGCUCCGGAUCUUCAAUGCGUGUGUAAAAUCCAUUCUUCUGUACGGAGCUGAGACGUGGCUAACCUUCCAAAGGAUGAUGACAAAGCUGCAGUCAUUCAUUAACAAGUGCCUCAGGAUCAUAUGUGGGAUAUUCUGGCCCAAGAGACUUUCCAACAGUGACCUGUGGCGCAACACGGGGGAGGCUCCCAUCCAUCACCAAAUCAAGAAGAAAAAAUGGAAAUGGAUAGGUCACGCACUCAGGAAGAAAACAGACAGCAUAGUCAGGAAGGCACUGGAUUGGAACCCACAGGGAAGCAGAAGAGUGGGCCGCCCCAAGCUUACCUGGCGGCGUACUAUAAUACAAGAAUUAUCCCGCAGCAACAUCACGUGGGAUUACGCUAAGCAAACUGCACCAAACAGAGUCAGGUUCAAAGUCCUUGUAAAUGCCCUAAGCUCCCAAGCGGAGUAA